AUGGCCUGGACUCCUCUGCUCCUGGCGCUCCUCUCUCUCUGCACAGGGUCCCUCUCCCAGUUUGCCAUGACCCAGCCGGCCUCCCUCUCUGCAUCUCCUGGAGCCACAGUCAGACUCACCUGCACCUUAAGUGGUACUGGUUCCUAUCCUAUUAGUGAUUACUGGAUAACGUGGAUCCAGCAGAAGCCAGGGAGCCCUCCCCAGUUUCUCCUGCAAUAUAAGUCAGACUCAGAGAAGUAUCAAGGGUCCGGGGUCCCCAGCCGUUUCUCUGGAUCCAAUGAUGAUUCGGCCAAAGCAGGGCUCCUGACCAUCUCGGGGCUGCAGCCUGAGGAUGAGGCUCACUAUUAUUGCACCACUCCUGUUGGCAGUGGAAGCAGCUACCGUUACCCACAGUGUCUCAGAGGACGAGGAAGUGAGACCAAAACCCUGGCCCCGAGGCGGGGGCUCAGAGCCUCCUGCAGCCAGGAGCUUAUGGGGCCUCUGUCGGUGGCUCCCCUGCAGGGACCUGUGUCCCGGAAAUAG